CAUCUCCGAGCCGCUUCUGAAGGACGGCUGCUGUUGCUGCUGCAGAAAUAGUCCCCCGAAAAUAAGGCACGUUCUUGUUGCUCGGGGAGCGCGGAGAGGAUGAAACAAUGCCGAGAGUGGGCGCUGCUCUUUUUGGGGGUCGCCAGCCUCCUCGCAACCAAAGUAAACAAGCACAAGCCAUGGAUUGAAACAUCUUAUCAUGGAGUUAUUACUGAAAACAAUGAUACGGUCAUACUGGAUCCUCCAUUAGUUGCUUUGGAUAAAGAUGCACCUAUUCCAUAUGCAGGUGAAAUCUGUGCUUUUAAAAUCCACGGACAAGAAAUGCCCUUUGAAGCUGUAGUCCUAAACAAGACAUCUGGAGAAGGUCAGCUUCGAGCAAAAAGUCCAAUUGACUGUGAAUUGCAGAAGGAGUACACAUUUAUCAUUCAGGCAUAUGACUGUGGCACAGAGCCUAGUGGAACAAACUGGAAAAAGUCUCACAAAGCUGUGGUCCAUAUCCAAGUAAAAGAUGCUAAUGAAUUUGCACCUGCUUUUAAAGAAGCAUCUUAUAAAGCUACAGUGACAGAAGGAAAGAUCUACGACAGUGUAUUACAGGUAGAAGCCAUGGAUGAAGAUUGUUCUCCUCAAUACAGUCAAAUAUGCAAUUAUGAAAUUGUCACAACUGAUGUUCCAUUUGCUAUUGACAGGAAUGGGAAUAUCAGAAAUACUGAAAAGCUCAGUUAUGACAAAGAGCAUCAGUAUGAAAUAAUGGUAACAGCUUUUGACUGUGGGCAGAAACGUGCAACUGAAGAUGUCCUUGUACGUGUUGAAGUUAAGCCUGUGUGUAAACCUGGAUGGCAAGACUGGAAAAGGCAUAUUGAGUACAAGCCUGGUUCAGGGAGCAUACCUUUAUUUCCUAUUAUUCAUCUGGAGACCUGUGAUGGACCUGUUUCUUCUAUCCAUGCCACUGUUGAGCUUCAGACUAAUUAUAUUGGAAAAGGCUGCGACCGUGAGACAUAUUCAGAAAAAUCUCUGCAGAAAUUAUGUGGAGCGUCUUCAGGUGCCAUUGACCUGCUACCAACACACAGUGCUGCAAAUAACUGGACAGCUGGUCUUCUGAUGGACAGCAAUGAUAUGGUUUUUAAAUUUGAUGGAAAGCAAGGUGCCAAAAUUCCUGAUGGAAUAGUACCAAAGAAUCUAACUGAUCACUUUACCAUCACCAUGUGGAUGAAACAUGGCCCAAGUCCAGGGUUAAGAGCAGAGAAAGAAACUAUUUUGUGUAAUUCUGAUAAAACAGAAAUGAAUCGACACCAUUAUGCACUUUAUGUACAUAAUUGUCGACUAGUAUUUUUGUUACGGAAAGAUUUUGACCAAGCUGAUACCUUUCGUCCUGCAGAAUUUCACUGGAAACUUGACCAGAUCUGUGAUAAAGAAUGGCACUAUUAUGUUGUCAACGUUGAGUUCCCAGUAGCUACCUUGUAUAUGGAUGGUACAACAUAUGAACCUUACCUUGUAACUAAUGACUGGCCUAUUCAUCCAUCACACAUAGCAAUGCAACUCACUGUUGGUGCCUGUUGGCAAGGAGGAGAAGUCACAAAGCCCAGAUUUACUCAGUAUUUUCAUGGCAGUCUUGCCAGUCUUACCAUACGGCCAGGCAAAAUUAAGAGUCAAAAAGUGAUUUCCUGCUUGCAGGCUUGCAAGGAAGGUCUGGAUAUUAAUUCCCUGGAGAGCCUUGGCCAAGGAAUAAAGUAUCACUUCAAUCCUUCCCAAUCAAUCCUUGUUAUAGAAGGAGAUGACAUCGAAAAUAUUAAUCAAGCUCUCCAAAAAGUCUCCUAUAUCAACUCAAGACAGUUUCCAACUUCAGGUAUUCGCCGCCUUAAAGUGUCAUCCAAAGUCCAAUGUUUUGGUGAAGAUACAUGCAUUAGUAUUCCAGACAUAGAUACCUAUGUAAUGGUGUUACAAGCCAAGGAGCCCAAGAUUACAAUAACUGGAAUGGAUCACUUUGCAAGACCUGCCACACAAUUUGAACAUGAAAGAGGGGUGAUUCUUUUACCAGACAUCAGAAUUGUCAGCACGGUUUCUAAAAUGGAACAUCCCUCUGACCUGAAGGAAACUGUGACUAGAGCACACAAGCCAGUUCUGUUAGAAAAAGUGGAUCACAAUCUGGAUUUUUGUGAUAUUUUGGUAAUUGGAUUAGAACUGGAUCCCAAGCAAGAGUGUUUGGAAUUGGACAAGAAAGACCUCCAAGGGAAACAUAUAGAAGCUACUAACUCUACAGCAGGAUAUUCAAUAUAUGGUGUGGACACUAUGAAAAACUAUGAAAAGGUUUUACGGCAAAUUCGCUAUCGUAAUUGGCACACAUCUUCCUUUUCUGAUAGAAAGUUUAGAAUCAAAUGUUCAGAACUCAAUGGGCGCUAUACCAGCAACGAAUUCAAUUUAGAAAUUAAUAUUCUACAUAACUCCAACUCUAAUUCCAUGGAAUAUACAAAUCUUAUGAUAAAAGAGCCACAAUUUCUCCAAUCUAUCCAUCACCCAGAAGAAAGCACAAAUAAUAUUCAAAGCUCAGUACUUCCAAGUAUGGCUACCAUCACCAUCAUAAUCUCUGUCAGUGUCUUAGUCUUCAUCAUAGCUAUGGGGGUAUAUAGAAUUCAUUCAGCUUGCCACCAUACUUCAAAGGAACAUGAAACUAAUAAAGAAAAUGAAAUGGACUGGGAUGACUCAGCUCUGACUAUCACAAUUAAUCCCAUGGAAAAAUAUGAACAACCUUGUGGAGAAGAAGAAAGUGAUGAGGAAGAAAUUGAAGAUGAAGAUGAUACAACCAGUGCAGAGUCAGAUGAGACUGAAGAGGAAGAAGAAGAAGAGGAGGAAACCACUGGGAAUAAAGGAGACAAACAAAAUACAACCAGGCAAGAUCAGUUGGAGUGGGAUGAUUCAACAUUACCCUACUAGAGUCUUUAGUUUUCUUUCUCUUUUUGUAUAAACCAAUACUGUGUAUUUUGAGUCAAUCCUACUGAUUCAACCAUAUCUUGGAUCUAUGAAUUAAUUGACAGUUUAACUUCCUAUUGACUGCAGAUGAUAAAACUGCAUUGUCUGAAUUUGAUAUAGUUGUAUCACAACUGCUCCCCAUAGUUGUUCCUUUCUUGAUAUGUCAGUAAUAGCACCUGGUAAAGCACAGUAUACAACUAUUAAAGAGUCAUUUGUAAAAAGGACACCAAUCUGACAUUAACAUUUGUUAUUGCUUCUCUAGUUCCCUGUUCCUUUUAAAUGUAUAUAAGCAAACCCAACUCAUCAAACUAUAAAGAGGAUAGUCCAGGUCACUUUUAAAUUUUUCCAAGGUUCACACACAUAUAUAAAAUCUUUUUGGGAUUCCUUUUAAUUCUGCCUUGUUAAAGAUCCUACCGUCAAAGAUUAAAAAAUGUACAUGCUACGCAAUGCACAGGACAAAAUUCAUUUGCGCAUAUCUUUAUUUUCACUUUUUUGUUGUGGAUAUUUGAUCUUUGCAGAGAGUUGCAAAACACACUAAACUGUAUAUGUCUGUGCAUGUAUAAGAAUGCACUGCUAAUGUCCAAAGUUUACUAAAAAGAAUUCUUGUCUAGUCCCUCAAUUAAAACUUAGUUAAAAGGCAUGUAAACCCUAUAAAUAGAAACCUUUG